AUGACCGCUAUCGCCAGCAAUGUGGAUAACCAACAAUACUUGUUUCAAGCUACAGAGCCAGAACCUCGGCCGGUCAGUCAACGAGUUGUAAAUGCCUGGGAUAUCCUUCGAGCCGCAAAACCUACCAAUCUUCACGCCGAUAGGCCAACGGGGCUGCUCGCAUACACCUUACACUAUGGUCGUGAGGCCUUCCGGAUGCUGUUUCUCAAUGGGCCCGCUUCCGAUGGAACAGAACGCAAAGUCAAUUCAAAUGUUUUACGUGCAGUCGACGAACUCAGAGCCGCCGUGGAAGAAGAGGAGGACCCGGACGCAAUGUAUCUACUGGCCGAGAUGCACUUCCACGGCAAUUUCACAUACCCGCGCAACUUCAGCGAAGCCUUCCUGUGGUACAACGAGCUGGCAUGGCUGACUGGAAACAGCACGGCACAGUCCAUGGUUGGUUUUAUGUAUGCGACGGGCAUUGGCAAUGCGGUCGAACGUGACCAGGCAAAGGCGUUGAUGUACCAUGAAUUUGCCGCCGAGGGGGAAACACACGAUCUGAAAUGA